CGCUCCACUCGCGCUGCAGCCGCAGCUGCCUACAGGCCCCACGCCGCCUCCGGAGUCCAUGGCCGGCACGCGCUGGGUACUCGGGGCGCUGCUCCGGGGCUGCGGCUGUAACUGCAGCAGCUGCCGGCGCACUGGCGCCGCCUGCCUGCCCUUCUACUCUGCCGCUGGCUCUAUCCCGUCUGGCGUCUCGGGCCGCCGCCGCCUCCUGCUGCUGCUCGGGGCCGCCGCGGCCGCUGCCUCCCAGACGCGUGGCCUCCAGACCGGGCCUGUGCCUCCCGGGAGGCUGGCGGGGCCUUCCCCUGUGGCCACCUCUGCCGCGGCGGCGGCCGCCGCGGCCUACCCUGCCCUCCGUGCCCCUCUGCUGCCGCAGUCGCUGGCGGCGGCCGCGGGCCCGACGCGUAGCUACAGCCAGGAGUCCAAAACUACUUACCUGGAAGACCUUCCACCACCGCCUGAGUAUGAAUUGGCCCCAUCCAAGUUAGAAGAGGAAGUGGAUGAUGUCUAUCUCAUUCGAGCUCAAGGACUGCCCUGGUCAUGCACUAUGGAAGAUGUGCUUAACUUUUUCUCAGACUGCAGAAUCCGCAACGGUGAGAAUGGAAUACAUUUCCUCCUAAAUAGAGAUGGGAAACGAAGGGGUGAUGCCUUAAUUGAAAUGGAGUCAGAGCAGGAUGUGCAGAAAGCCUUAGAGAAGCACCGCAUGUACAUGGGCCAGCGGUAUGUGGAAGUGUAUGAGAUAAACAAUGAAGAUGUGGAUGCCUUAAUGAAGAGCUUGCAGGUCAAAUCUUCACCUGUGGUAAAUGAUGGUGUGGUUCGUUUGAGAGGACUUCCUUACAGUUGCAAUGAGAAAGACAUUGUAGAUUUCUUUGCAGGACUGAAUAUAGUUGACAUUACUUUUGUGAUGGACUACAGAGGGAGACGAAAAACAGGGGAAGCCUAUGUGCAAUUUGAAGAACCAGAAAUGGCCAACCAAGCCCUGUUGAAACACAGGGAAGAAAUUGGUAAUCGAUACAUCGAGAUAUUUCCAAGCAGAAGGAAUGAAGUUCGAACACAUGUUGGUUCUCAUAAGGGAAAGAAAAUCACAUCUUCUCCUACUGCUAAGUAUAUAACUGAGCCAGAAAUGGUCUUUGAAGAACAUGAAGUAAAUGAGGAUAUUCGACCCAUGACAGCUUUUGAAAGUGAGAAGGAAAUAGAAUUGCCUAAGGAGGUGCCAGAAAAGCUUCCAGAGGCUGCUGAUUUUGGAACUACGUCUUCUCUGCAUUUUGUCCACAUGAGAGGAUUACCUUUCCAAGCCAAUGCCCAAGACAUUAUAAACUUUUUCGCUCCACUCAAGCCUGUUAGAAUCACCAUGGAAUACAGCUCCAGCGGGAAGGCCACUGGAGAAGCUGAUGUGCACUUUGAGACCCAUGAGGAUGCUGUUGCAGCAAUGCUCAAGGAUCGGUCCCACGUUCAUCAUAGGUAUAUUGAACUGUUCCUGAAUUCAUGUCCAAAAGGAAAAUAAGACUUCAGGGGCUCCAGAUAAUAAGGGUGAAGCAAGAAGCAUUUCAUUUGCACAUCUUUCUUGGACGUGGGAUAUACAGUUCCAGUUUAUUAGCAGCAACUGCUAGGGAAAUGAUUUUGGUGUUUUGGGUUAAUUGCUUCUAAGAAAAGUUUCAUAGUGGACUGCUUAGAAGAAGAAAUGAAAGAUCCAGUUUGGGAUUAUGAAAUAAACCACAAAUUAAAAUUUUUGUUUAAACUGUCCAGGAUCUGAUUUAAAAAUAUAGUCUUUGUUUUAUAUGAUUAAAUGGUUUGUUUUCGUAGAUGAUAUGUUACCCAUUGUAAAGACUACAUAUUCAGCAGUGUUCUUUAAACGCUUUCAUUUAAAAAGUAACUUUUUUUUUUUUUUUCCUGUGAAUUGAGUGCUCUGAUGUAAAACUUCUCAUGGGGUAAAACAGUGAUUUAUUUUAACCAAACAUUCACCAAAGCAAAGAAGGGUUUCAGACCUUUGAACUGGUAUGGUUUGGCAGAAUGGUUUUAAAUUUUGCUGUAUUUGAUUACUUAGAGAUAGGAAUUUUAAAAAAUCAAAACAAAAAAUAAAUACCACAACUUAGUGAGUGUAAAUGACAAUUUGGUGGUUUUAUGUCUUUAGAAAUGUUUUGCCUUUCUAAGCCUUGUGCUAAAGGCGUUUAACGUUGGUGCCUAUCUACUUAGGGGGCAUUCUAGUCUUCAAAGUUGUCUGAACUGUCCCACCCUGGCGUUUUUUGAUUUGGGGUAAACCUAAGGGUGUUUGUUAGUCUCAAAACUGUGAAGUGACAUGUCAGAACAGUCCAGACUGGUAAGAAAAUUAAUGGCUUCACUUGAAUUUAAACCAGCUUUAGAUAGGAAAAAAACCAGUCUCCUCAUUUGCUUUUUCAAUGGAGUAGUACAUCCCAUAUUUUAGAACAAGUAGGGGUGCCUUGCUUAAAUAAUAGCAUUUAAUGUAUAAUUGUGUGAAGGGUUUAUGGAUAAAGCUGUACUUUUGUCACAAUGUGGCGGUACAUUCUGCUUUAAUAUUAAAACAGCUUGUAAUUUAAAUAUUGGACAAAAUGGCUGGCUUCAAAAUAUAGUCGUUAAUAAACUAUGUGCACCUGUGUAGGAGAAUCAAAAUCCUGUACAGUUUCUUUGCCUUGUUCCUGUUCUCAGGGUGACGACUGCCACCAGGAGAUGCAAUUCUAGUUCUUAAAAUUAAAUUUGCCCAGAUUUCUGACAGGUGAUAUCUGGAAGAGAGACUAUAUCUUCUCUUAAUACAGAACCGUCUUUUGAUUACCAGCUAAGAUGCAAAAUCACUGUACUGUAAGUAGUCAAUAAAUGAAGACUUGUUUCAGGCCGAAGAUUACCUAAGAGUAUUAUUGGAGUGUGUGAGUCAACUAUGAAUAUAUUAUUACCUCAAGUCCUGGUAUAUUAAUAUAAGUAGUAAGGGUUAAUUUUCGUGUGUGUUCUUUUAAAUCCUGUGAACGUGACUUAACCAGCUUAACAUCGUCAGUAGUACUACUUAGAUGGAAAUGCGUUUUCAUAUAUGGUUGAAUAUGCCAAGCCUUGAGAACUGGCAUCCGUAGUUGUACGAACUGUUAGAACGUGAUCUUUGUUUCUCUUUCACAUUUGGUAUCUAAUUUGCUGUGGAAAAGAUCUGUGGGGUCUACUGUGAUUG